UUCACAUUGUGCCAUCGCUAGGUAGCUAGCUUGGUUCAGAAAACUAGAGACAAAUCGCGCAGUUACUAGUUACUUUUCGAGCAUCAGGUUGUUUGAUCGACUGUACUGUGUUGAAAAGAAGUCCAGUGUGUUUUGAUUCACAUUACAUGAAUGACGUUGAAUUCCCACAGUGUCAAAUAAAGACCCGGCUGCGGGGAGGGUGACCGUCAGGGCCGUCUGCUAUAGGUCCAUGCGCAAACAUGAGAAGCCUCACGACGUCAGAGUAGGGUGGAAUACAUGUGUUUAAUCAGUUCAAGUUCAAGAUUCUGGGGUGUUUUUGUGGCUAUAGUUGGCGAUGUGGAUGUAGAACAACAAUAAUUCAUCUCGAGUCUGUUUAUUUUACUUAAACCUGAACUAUACUUGGACAUGGACACCCCAGAAACCGGUUGUUAUUGCUCCUGUUCUUUGGAGCAUACGUUUAAGUAUGCCUUUUCAUGGUGGGAACAUUUGUCAGUGUGAGGUAAGAGCUGAUUUUGUACCCUCAGUCUAGGCUAUCGUAAAUCCUCAAGUAAAGACAGAGAUUCAAUUAGAAAACAGGCUGUGCAGCCUAAAUAAAUAAAACCCUCUGGCCACAAUUGAGGAUUUACGGUAUACUAACCUGUUCAAUUCUGUACUGCUCCUGUUCUUUGGAGUACAAGUUUAAGUAGGCCUUUACAUGAUGGGUACAUUAGUCAGUGAGAGGUAAGAGCUGACUUUGUAUCCUCAAUCUAGGCCAUACUAACCAGUUCAAUGCUCUAUUAAUACUAAACUGUAUUAUUUAAAUAAUAAUAAUUAUAAUACUAAAAUCAUGUUUUAUCCAUAGAUCACUUUUGAGGACAGCACUCAGCCACAGAUUCAAAUAGCUGCGGCUGAGUGUUCUUGUGUGGCUGGAACUGCUCUCUGCAAUCACAGUGUUGCACUGCUGUACCAGAGCACGAAAUACUCGGCAUUGCAACUGAAAGCAGUUCCGCCAGUCCUCAGCUGCACUGAAACUGAGCAGCAGUGGCAUAAGCCCCGAAAACUGGGUGUGAAACCUGGCAGAGUGAGUAAUAUGGUAUUUGUCUCAACCAAACCAAAGUCGAGACAGUACACAGCUGCUGAUGGUGUGAGGAGCAAGCGCUACAAAGCAGUGCGGGGGGACUUGCCAGACCCAGAUGUCCUGAAGGUCGACGAGGCAUACCAGGACUUCAUGGCAGACCUUGCACCAUUAAUCACCACGCUCUCCAUAAAUCCUGGUGUCCCCCUCGUCAAUUCCACUUUUGGGAGCGUUCAAGAUGGAAGCCCUAUUUCUUAUCAGCACCCUGUGCCAGUGAGUAGGGUCAUCAUCCACCACCCAGACGCACCCUCUCCACCCCCACUGCCGUUACAUGGUCACAGGCUGGACCCAAGCACAUGUUCCUUUGUGUGCACUCACCAACAACAAUGUAAUGCAAUGGCGCUUACCAUCAAUUUCGACAUGGCAAGAUCCAUUGAGAGGGCCACAAGGGAACAGAGUGGUAGCGCAGAAUGGCACAGCCUGAGGAAGAUGAGGCUCACCUCCUCAAGGUUCCGGGAGGUGUGCCAUGUCAGAGGUCACAGCUCUGCUGAGAACCUUGCCGAACGUAUCCGCAAAGGUGGGGUUCAGACAGCUCUGAUGAAGAGGGGGCUUGCACUGGAGCCAGUAGCUAUUCAGGAGUAUGCCCACAUUAAAAACAUCAGCUACUGGCCAUCAGGAUUUGUCAUCCAUCCAGAUGCUCCCUGGCUCGGUUCUUCUCCAGAUGGGGUCGUUUUUGAUCCCACGGAGGCACCACCAUUUGGGCUGGUGGAGGUGAAGUGUCCUAACGUGAAGAGCUACGUGGACUGCGGGUACCUGCGCAUGCAGAAUGGCGCCCUCCGUCUGAAGCCAAGCCACAGCUACUACUGGCAGGUGCAAGGCCAGCUGAUUAUCACAGGGAUGCAGUGGUGUGAUUUUGUGGUUUUUGCAGAGGAUGAUGUUCUCGUGCAAAGAAUUUAUAAAGAUGCUGAGGUUGCCAGGGUCAUAAGGGAGAGGGGGGAUUAUUUCUUUUUCUAUCAUUUCUUAAUCUGAUCUUUUUUAAAUGAAUGUUUCAUUCAAAGACCAUACCUUUCGAACUGAUUGAAAUUAGUGUAAAACUAUGUGGAUUGUUGAUAUAGGAUCAUUGAAAAAGUGUUGUUCAAUCUUUCCUUAUUAAAUUCUACAUAUUCUAGUGUCAUCUAUGAUGCAUCUGGUUUUCAUUUCAAGUCCUUUAAAACCCAAAGCUAAUGUACAUACAGUGGCAAACACAGUGACAGCAAAUGCAAAACACAAAAUUGGCCUGUCUCAGUUUAAAGCUCACCCACCGCGAC